AUGAGAAUCACAAUUUUUCACCAGACAAGCACAUACGGCCACAGGCAGCUGAGAACAAGGGAUCCCGUCCGCUCUCCCAUAUUUAAGCAGCUGACCGCGAGAUUAGUACUACGCAUAUUGACAUCAGUUUCAGGUGUGCAUCUUCUGUCAUUGGUCCUGAAGGUAGUCGGCAUGAACGACAAGGCGCUUAUUGCGUUCCUCACAGACGAUGUACACAGAUUCAAGUUUUAUCCGCACGACGCUGAAUCUUAACCUGAGUAGCAGCAAUUAUUUGCAAUAUUCAACCAACUACGUUGCUUGUUCGAGCUUCAUUCAAUGUGACGCAGCCAUGUAUAGGAACGAGAAUUCGAGAGUUGUGGAAACAUGAGUUUAGCGUCAUUCGUGUACCAUCGACAAUCCAAGAUCCAACUCUGCAGGUGGAAAAAGGAAAUCUGUUGAUGGAUUUUCAGCCCUGUGGCAGACGUAUCGGUGCGUCUACGCCGAUCUGUGGCUCAAACGAGAUUCAUUAGGCACCUGGGCAUUCGACCUUAUGGAUCUUCGUGUUAAAUGUUGGUGGCAAUGGUGCAUAGCGUGGACAGGCAAGGGGU